AUGGCGCCGGACGUAAACAGCCUCCCCACUUCCCCUCGACCCGACAACAUGUCGCAACCCAACUCGCAACCAACUUCCACGGCGGCUUCAAGACGCACCUCCGCCAUGGGCCCUCCAGCACACCCUGCCUCCGCGACCGCGCCGCUACACACUCACCACGCAUACCCUCGAAGCCCCAUAAUUUCGAGCAGUGACCAAGUGCCUAUGCGUCACCCCAGGCCACUCACUGCAGCAGAGCUGUAUGCUGAGUGUGAGAAAGAGCAGGAGGCAGUGGUCAAUCGCCUGACCCGCGAGCUCACUGCUCUGCGCGCUCAGUCGGCGUCUGUCGCCAGCAAUGCUUCGGUCUCGUCGACUUCGACGGGCGUGUCCUUGCUGCCGGUUGAUAUCUCAGACCCAAACCCGACCCAUCAGAUGACCGGUGCGACACAUCCCACCCCGUCCCGCAGACACAGAUCCUCUUCGUCGGUCAGCACGAGGAGCAUACCAACGCCGUCGACCAGCGCCUCACAAGCAGGCAGCAGCAUCACCAACGCCUCCAUCCAGGCACAAGCCGGGACCAGCACGACCAACGUCCCCGUCCAUGGCAUAUCACAAGCAUCAGCUGAUCGUGCCGCUGCAGCGACUGGAUCCUCUCUAAGCAGACAACCAUCCGUUGGAGCGUCAGGAAACUCCACCCCCGCUCGCCAGUCAAUGGAAGUACCCCGUCACGUCGGCACGCUCUAUACACUCCCACACCGCCCCUCCGUCUCACGGGACCCCUCCGCAAACACAGUCUCCUCAACCCACGCUCAAGCCGGCACGCCAGCCCCCUUCCCACAACCUCUCCCAUCUCCAGCUCAAUCUCCCAAUCAAUCUGGCGGUGUCCAAAUCGCCAUGCAGCACUACGCCGACACAGCCGCCUACCGAACAGAAAUGGAAAUCGUCAAAGCAGAGAACGACGCCCUCCGCCAACGAGUGCGAGCCCUCGAGCGAGCUCUGCGUGCCCGUCGACGAGACUCGAGUCAAUCCGAUGCCCAGCGACCAGACGUCGGGAACAGCACUCGUCCCACGCGUGAAAGCUCCAUGAAUGAGCGUGUCCCAUCCAUGACUAGCCCACCUCCAUCAGCCGGUCUGGGUGUUGCGGCGUGGGCAGGUGGUGUAGGAGGCGUGGCGGGACCACGGGAGCGGAGCGAGAGCCAGAGCACGACGGCGAGCAGUCGGAGAGGUCUGGGCACGACUGAUGAUGAGGUUCGAGUCGGCGAGAGCGCUAGUAGUGUUGGCGUUGGACGUGGUCUUUAG